AGGGCUCUGGGAACUACUUUCUCUCUCGUGUUUGGGGCCUGAGAAGGAAUUAGGCGGCGAGGCUUCUCGCUGAUACUCCCCUACCCCGGUAGGAAGGGGGGUGUCUGUAAUCAUGGCGAUGACUGGUCCAGCACCUUGCUCCUCUAUGAGCAACCAUACUAAGGAACGAGUUACAAUGACAAAAGUGACACUAGAAAACUUCUACAGUAAUCUGAUAGCACAACAUGAAGAACGGGAAAUGAGACAAAAAAAGCUAGAAAAGGUGAUGGAAGAAGAAGGCUUAAAAGAUGAAGAGAAAAGAAUGAGGAGAUCAGCACAUGCCAGAAAGGAAACAGAGUUUCUGCGCCUGAAAAGAACCAGACUUGGUUUGGAAGAUUUUGAAUCUUUAAAAGUAAUAGGCAGAGGAGCAUUUGGAGAGGUGCGGCUUGUUCAGAAGAAAGACACUGGGCAUGUGUAUGCAAUGAAAAUCCUACGCAAAGCAGACAUGCUUGAAAAAGAGCAGGUUGGCCAUAUUCGAGCAGAGCGUGACAUUCUAGUGGAAGCAGACAGUUUGUGGGUUGUAAAAAUGUUCUAUAGCUUUCAGGAUAAGCUAAACCUCUACCUAAUCAUGGAGUUCCUGCCUGGAGGUGAUAUGAUGACAUUAUUGAUGAAAAAAGAUACUCUAACAGAAGAAGAGACUCAGUUUUAUAUAGCAGAGACUGUGCUAGCUAUAGAUUCGAUUCAUCAGCUGGGUUUUAUUCAUCGUGAUAUCAAGCCAGAUAAUCUUCUCUUGGACAGUAAGGGCCAUGUGAAGCUAUCAGACUUUGGUCUGUGCACUGGACUAAAGAAAGCACACAGAACAGAGUUCUAUAGAAAUUUGAGCCACAAUCUUCCUAGUGACUUCACUUUUCAGAAUAUGAACUCCAAAAGGAAAGCAGAAACUUGGAAAAGAAACAGACGGCAGUUGGCCUUCUCUACUGUGGGAACUCCAGACUAUAUUGCUCCAGAGGUCUUCAUGCAGACAGGCUACAAUAAGCUUUGUGACUGGUGGUCACUUGGGGUCAUCAUGUAUGAGAUGCUAAUUGGUUACCCCCCUUUCUGUUCAGAGACUCCUCAAGAAACAUACAAGAAAGUAAUGAAUUGGAAAGAGACCCUAAUAUUUCCUCCAGAAGUUCCAAUCUCUGAGAGAGCCAAAGAUCUUAUUCUAAGAUUCUGCUGUGAAUGGGAACACCGAAUUGGUGCCCCAGGUGUUGAAGAAAUUAAAACAAACCCCUUUUUUGAAGGAGUUGACUGGGAGCAUAUCAGGGAGAGACCAGCUGCAAUAUCCAUAGAAAUCAAAAGUAUCGAUGAUACAUCAAACUUCGAUGAAUUUCCAGAAUCUGAUAUCCUUAAACCAGCAGUGACCACAAGUAACCAUCCAGAGACAGACUACAAGAAUAAAGACUGGGUCUUUAUCAAUUAUACCUACAAGCGUUUUGAAGGCCUGACAGCUCGAGGGGCAAUACCAUCCUACAUGAAAGCGGGAAAGUAGUGGCUCAUGAUGGAACUAUUCCUGGACUUUCAUUCUUGCUUGUCAACACAAGUUUUCUUCUAUGCUUCAAAAACUGUACCUGAGGGCUGUGAACUCUUGAAGAGUGCAGGAUAACAUCUUAUGCAAUGUGUUUACAUUACAACGGAUUUAUCAAUGGAAAACUUCCACAAACUGCACUUACUGUCUGCCUUUGCAGAUUUUUUUGCGGAUAUAGGUUCUUCUGGCUUUAGUUAAAAUACUUAAGACUGCUACUUAUCAACAUCGAGGAAAGAGCAGGCUUUUACUUACUAAUGUGGCAAAGCAUAGCAUGAUUGUGUUUUAUGUGUUCUAUCUUAGAAGUGCUGUGUGAAGGUACAGCACUGUUCUAAGGGCUAUGGUAUUAUAGAGGAAACAGAGCAAUAACUAGUAUGAAGUAGACCAAACUCUCAGUAACUUAUCCUAUAUGAGGGCAAAACCUAUAUUGCCUUAAAGGUCACUCUAGUGUUUUAUACUUUCUUCAAAAGCUUUUUGGAUAGCAUCUUUUCAACCCAACAAUAGCCUCAAAACCUGCUGCACUUUACUUUUGGUACUAAAAUAAUGAUCCUAAAAGUAUUAUGCUUUUUUCUAAAUUUCAGAUUUGUGGAAUAUUAUGCUUUUUAUAAAAAAAAAAAAUCAAGAGCGCUGGGGGUAAUUUCUUGUAAAAUGUAUUUUAUGUAACUAACACUUUAUCUACCUGGUAAAAAGCAGAUCACUGGUAAUAACAGUGUUAGCAUACCCUAGCUAAUACUGUAAGAAUGCCUGUCCUUAUAGAUUUGGUAGUAGAUCGGGAAGAGGACUUCCUUCCCUCUUUCACUAAUCAAAGCCAGGGAGUUACUUCAGGCAGAGAAUGAUAAUGUAUAUGGUUUUAGCUAAUGGUGUGUGAGAUACUUUGGCUCUUCAUCCUCCUUAAGCUUGGAGGCUGAGAGCCCAUAAGUGCCUUCACAGUACUUCCCGUUGAGAUCUCCUAGGGUAAUGGGGACUGUUUUAAUUAAACUUGAUUGUUCAAAUUUUCUUUGUGGUGUAGUUCCACACUUUGGACUUUGCUUGUGAUCCUAGUUUAAUUUUAUUCAGAUAGUCCAGGUGAACUCCUGCCCUCCUUGUCUCUGUAUGAUACAGGAGACUGUCAUCAUUUAGUAUCUCUUUCACAAUUUUCACUUGCUGUCCUAUGCAUGUAACUAUCUUUGAAGUAGUUCUAGAUGAUAGUAAGCUCCAGAUAGAUGGGGUAGUUGUAUAGGAAGAAAUCUAGUGCAUUCGGGAACCAAAAAGAAAAGGAAAAUUAACAGUUGAGGCCUAAACGUAUGUUUUCGGACAUUCCAGAUACACCAGAAUAUUUAUCAGGUGAUUUAGUAAAAACGUGAAGCUUUCCUUUAGUAUUGUGUUCUGGCAGCUUUAUUUAUUGAUGAAUAAGUAGGCUAAAAGCAACUGAAGUGCUUAGUUCUCACAUCAGAUGUAGGGCCCAGGAUUAAUUGUUGAAAUUUAGGAGGCACUUGUCAAAGACCAUUGUAGUCUCUGCCUUUAGAAAAACUGAUAAAGACUGCUGUGGUAUCUCGGUGACAGAUAUCUUAGCCAUUCUCACUGAAGUGGUUCAACGGUAUUUGAUUUUGUCCUUAUCCUACUGGAGUCUGUGGAACUGUUUUCCCAGAAUAAUAAAUAAAAGCUGUUUUAGUAACCAUUGUAGAGCCAUAUAGAGUGACAUGUCCUGAGAUGCAGUGUCCCACAUGCCUCCUAGAUAAAGUGGUCUUAAGUACUAGUCUAAAAUGGGUUGUCAUCCAUCCCCCUGUCCCUUGCAUUUUGCCCAUCAUUAUUAUUGCUAUAAGUUUUUGCUGUCUAUCUUGGUACUCCACUAAAUCCAGAGAUUCUGCCACUUAACCAGUUUUCUCAGUGUGGAACUACACAGAAGCUUCAGUAAGAAGGAAACUAAUUAAAUAUUUUGCAUUUAAGCUUUUUUCUAAGAAAUGUAUUUAGUGAGAGGUUACAAGGAAGUAACUCUUGUUCCUGCUUUCAUGUACCCUCUGUGCCUGGUUUAUGCUUAUUACUGUACUCCAAUGACGUGUCCCACCUGUGGUGGGGCUAGAAUUUUGCUUAUUUGCUAUAUAAUGAUGGGUUUAAAUUUCUGGUGCUUGCUGAAUAUUGAAAACAUGUAGCAUACAUAACUGGUGCUUAUAAAGCCUUAACGAAAAAGCUGUAGAAGACCUCAGGAUAACCUAAUUGCCUAGAGACCUGCCUAGCCAACAACCUGCACAAAAGGGAAGAAAACAUUGUUGCCUGCCGCUUCUUUAAGUAAUUCUUCUGCGUUAUUACUAUAUAGAAAAGCAUCUCAGUGCCACAAUAUGGCAAGCAUUGUAUGUUUGUGAGUAAAUUAAACUACAAUCUAAGACACAAUUUUCUUUUACAAUUAGGAAUUCCUGGAAGAUUUAAUUUGUUUUGUAGUGAGAAUGAAUCGAGCAUAUUGCUGCAAACAAGAGUCUAGUCUUGAGCCUUGUAGUUUCAGCAGCAGCCAAGAUUACAGUUGACUCUCCAGAGCUCACCUGCUGUGUUCGAUUGACACCAUCAUUGUGAUGAAUGGAAGCAGCUCACAAACAAGCACAGUACGCAUCAAGAGGCUUGUGAAAAUGAGAUUUAUGCCCUUGAAAAUCCGUGAUCUGUUCUAUUUGGUUUUUAAGCAAACAAACACCCAGCCAGCGAUUUUGCCCUCACAAGCAUUAUAAUGUGGAUUCCUAUGGCCGUUUUUUAAAAAACAAAACACUAAAACAGGGUUUUCACCAAGCAGGCCAUAUAUUUGCAAAUGUAACGUUGGCUGUCUUAACUGCAAUUAAGGGAGUGCUCCACAUGAGCAUCCCUGCAGUAAACAUCCCAUUCCCAUCUUUAACCACAGUUAAACUUACAUUGGUAUUGACCUUAAGGUAAACUAAGGCUCCCAUUUAACUACGAUUUGAAACCAUUGUUUUAAAUUUUGGUUAAACAGGAACUCUGAUAAACCUUAACUGCCAUUAUUGUCAAGGCCAAUGCAAACAGAAGGGAGUGCAUAAUCCUCAAUUGGCUCCCAAUCUCAUAUUGCUGGCUCUGUCACCCUGCAACCCAUAGUAAAUUCUUGCAAAAGGGUCACUAUCUUAGUAGAUGGCACACUUCAUUCUUUGACAAGUUUUAGAUAUAGUAGCCAAGUAAUUACACAACUUACUAGUUCUGCAAGUUGAUACAUUUUGCUGUUUUCUGCACUAUUAAAUGCUGGUGUUACUUCAGCAUACCCCAAAAGCUGUAAACGUUUUGGCAAGUGUGAGUACAGGAGAAAAUAAAAGUUCUGACUGAAAUAAAUAUAAAAAAUACUGCCAGUUGUGUGUGGUUCCUAGCAGAGUAUUGCACUUAGGUACUGAUUAACCAAUGUGCCUGGGUUCUGCCUUAUUUUGGCAAGUGAGAAUUAUUUUGUAUUCGCAUACAGCUGUUACUAAUUGCAAUGUACAAUUUGGUAUACUUUGUAUGUGAUCCUUGGGUUUUGUGUGAAGACGAAGUCUUUUAUGGAACAAUCUUUGCAUUCUGAACUGUUUAAAUUCCUCUUCAAUAAAUGUAGUUUUGCUAA